ACGUUUCACGACGGGGGAGGUGCUGUACGUCCAAGAUGGCGGCGCCCUGUAGGCUGGGGGAACUGUGAGGUAAACAGCUGAGGGGGAGGAGACGGUGGUGACCAUGAAAGACACCAGGUUGACAGCACUGGAAACGGAAGUACCAAUUGUCCCCAGAACAGUCUGAUAGUGGCACCCAUGACGGGCCGGCAGGGUCUUUAGCGCACGCUCCAGACCCGGCCCUGCACAGCCGUGCAAGAUAAUGGCCCAGCAAGCGAACGUCGGGGAGCUCCUCUCCAUGCUGGACUCCCCCGUGCUGAGUGUGCGUGAUGACGUGACCGCCGUCUUCAAGGAGAACCUCAGUUCUGACCGUGGUCCGAUGCUUGUGAACACCUUGGUGGAUUAUUACCUGGAAACCGAUUCUCAGCCGGCAUUGCACAUCCUGACUACCUUGCAGGAGCCGCACGAUAAGCACCUCUUGGACAAGAUGAAUGACUGUGUGGGCAGAGCCGCCUCCCGGCUGCCCGCCCUGUCACUGCUGGGCCACGUCAUCAGGCUGCAGCCGCCCUGGAAGCACAAGCUGUCUCAAGCGCCUCUUUUGCCUUCUUUACUCAAAUGUCUCAAGAUGGACACCGAUGUCCUCGUCCUCACGACAGGUGUCUUAGUGUUGGUGACCCUGCUACCAAUGAUUCCGCAGUCGGGGAAACAGCACCUUCACGAUUUCUUUGAUAUUUUCGGCCGUCUUUCGUCAUGGUGCCUGAAGAAACCAGGCCACGUGACAGAAAUCUAUCUUGUCCAUCUCCACGCCAGUGUUUAUGCUCUCUUUCAUCGCCUCUACGGAAUGUACCCUUGCAACUUCGUCUCCUUUCUACGCUCUCACUACAGUAUGAAAGAGAACUUGGACACCUUUGAAGAAGUGGUCAGGCCAAUGAUGGAGCAUGUGCGAAUUCACCCGGAAUUAGUGACUGGAUCCAAGGACCACGAACUGGACCCUCGAAGGUGGAAGAGAUUAGAAACACACGAUGUGGUCAUAGAGUGUGCCAAAAUCUCUCUGGACCCCGCAGAAGCCUCGUCUGAGGAUGGCGGCGACUCCGUGUCCCCCCAGGUGUCAGCACGCUUUCCUCAUCGUGCGGCCGAUGUGGCCGCCAGCCCUUACGUCGACACGCAGAAUAGCGGUGGGAGUGCUACCUCGACCCCUUAUUCCAGCUCUCAGCUGACAUUGUUACAUACGCCCGGGCAGCCACCUCAGACUCUGAGUCCCCCGUCGACACGGCUGUUGACUGAGCCGCCACAAGCUACGACUCUCUGGAGCCCGUCUAUGGUUUGUGGAAUGACCACGCCUCCGACUUCUCCUGGAAACGUCCCGCCCGAUCUGUCACACCCUUACAGUAAAGUCUUUGGUACCCCUGGUGGAAAAGGGACUCCUCUGGGAACCCCAGCGACUUCUCCUCCUCCCGCCCCACUCUGCCACCCGGACGACUAUGUGCACCCCUCCGUCCUGCAGGCCACGGCCACCCCUCCCAGGAAGGAAGAGAGAACAGAUUCAGCAAGGCCCUGUCUGCACAGACAACACCAUCUUCCGAACGACAGAGGAUCGGGUAAGGUCUCUGGGCAACGCUAGACCUUGCUUGUCUCGGCGCUGCCCGGUCCCGCCCAGAUGGCCCCUUUACAGUGGUGUCUCUUGUCUCCUUCCCUCUUCUCAGCGGCAAUAUCGAAAGAGCUCUCCGAGAUCACCACAGCUGACGCCGAGCUGCUGGUUCCUCGAGGAGGCUUUGACUCUCCCUUCUACCGGGAUGGCCUCCCCGGCUGCCCUCGGAAGACCCCCUCGGCCGCCUCUGGUGCUCAGGGCGCUGGUGUGAACCCUGAGCCUUUCAGCUCCUCCCUGGACAAGCUCGGGCCCGACACACCAAAGCAAGCCUUCACUCCCAUCGACCUGCCCUGCAGAGGUGCCAGCGACAGCCCUGCCGGGACCAGGGAGCGCCAGACUCCGCCGGAGACCAACAUCCUCACCCCCAGCCCUUGUAAAAUUCCACCUCAGAGGGGAGUGGGGUUUGGAAGUGGGCAGCCUCCCCCUUACGAUCAUCUUUUUGAGGUGGCAUUGCCAAAGACCGCCCAUCAUUUUGUCAGCAAGAAGACCAAGGAACUGUUAAAGAAGGCAAAAGGAAACGCGGAGGAAGACCACCCGCCCUCUGCCUCCCCUGUGGAAGUGCUGGACAGACUGAUCCAGCAGGGAGCUGACGCCCACAGCAAGGAGCUCAGCAAGUUGUCUUUACCCAGCAAGUCUGUCGACUGGACCCAUUUUGGAGGCUCUCCUCCCUCAGAUGAGAUCCGCACCCUCCGUAACCAGUUGCUUUUACUGCACAACCAGUUACUGUAUGAGCGCUUUAAGAGGCAGCAGCACGCGCUCCGGAACAGGCGGCUCCUCCGCAGGGUGACCCGGGCGGCGGCUCUGGAGGAGUACAACGCAGCCAUGAAAGACCAGCUGAAGUUACAGGAGAAGGACAUCCAGAUAUGGAAGGUCAGCCUGCAGAAGGAACAAGCCAGAAAGAGUGAGCUGCAGGAGCAGCGAGACACCAUGGUGACCCAGCUGCACAGCCAGAUCAGACAGCUGCAGCACGACCGGGAGGAGUUCUACAACCAGAGCCAGGAGCUGCAGACCAAGCUGGAGGACUGCAGGAACAUGAUCGCAGAGCUCCGUCUGGAGUUGAAGAAGGCCAACAGCAAGGUGUGCCACACGGAGCUGCUGCUCAGUCAGGUCUCCCAGAAGCUCUCCAACAGCGAGUCGGUGCAGCAGCAGAUGGAGUUCCUGAACAGGCAGCUGCUGGUGCUCGGGGAGGUCAACGAGCUGUACCUGGAGCAGCUGCAGAACAAGCACUCGGACACCACGAAGGAAGUGGAAAUGUUGAAAGCUGCAUAUCGGAAAGAACUAGAAAAGAACAGAAGCCACGUUCUCCAGCAGAAUCAGAGGCUCGACACCUCCCAGAAACGGAUUUUGGAACUGGAAUCUCACCUGGCCAAGAAAGACCACCUUCUUUUGGAACAGAAGAAAUAUUUAGAGGAUGUCAAACUCCAGGCAAGAGGACAGCUGCAGGCGGCAGAGAGCAGGUAUGAGGCGCAGAGGAGGAUCACCCAGGUGUUUGAGCUGGAGAUCUCAGAUUUAUACGGCAGGUUGGAGAAGGACAGCCUCCUGAAGAAACUUGAAGAAGAAAAGGCAGAAGCAGCUGAAGCAGCGGAAGAAAGGCUUGCCUGCUGUAAGGACGGCUGCGCGGAUUCUGUAACAGGGCACAGCGAAGAGGCCUCUGGCCACAACGGCGAGACCAAGCCCCCGAGGGCCGGCAGUGUGCGGGGCGGCGGUGAGCUCUCGACCCCGGAGAAGCCCCCCAGCCAGAGGGCGAGCCCGUUCAGUAGUCGCUGGGAAACUACCCCGGGAGAGCCCGCCACCAGCAUCCCCACCACCGUCGGCUCCCUUCCCAGUUCAAAGAGCUUCCUGGGCAUGAAGGCACGUGAGUUAUUUCGUACUAAGAGUGAGAGCCAGUGUGACGCAGGCAGCGCGGCCGUCAGCAGCCUUUUGGAGACGCUGAAGACAGAGCCGGGCGGAGACCCGGGUGCGGAAGGCCCCGCCCCCCCGAGCCUGGACGGCCCGCGCCCCGCCCCCCCGCUCCCGGACAGCGUCGGGCAGCUGCACAUCAUGGACUACAAUGAGACUCAUCACGGACACAGCGAAGGAUGAUGGUCAAUCAGUGUUAACUCGCAGACUGCUGGCCUAGAACAGGAGGUGUGAACGCUCGUUCCCAGGCUUCCCUGCUUCCGGGGUUCCGGGUGGCUAGCUCACGCCGUGGAAAUGGGGUGGGGGUCCUUUGGCAGUUGGCUGAAUGCAGAACGGUUUUUGGAUCUGGCAUUGAAAUGCCUCUUAACUUUCCCCUCAACCCUCUCUCGCCCUGCCUUUCAUUGACCUGGCCAUGUGGACUAACCCGAGGGCCGGUUCGUGCCCCUCAGUGGCUUUAUUUUCUGCCUUCCCGUGCAGCGAUCGCGCCCUUUGAACGUGUGCAAUAUGAGGCCAAAUUUAAUCUUUGAGUCUAACACAUACCACUCUCUCCUUUCCUGAAACUGAGAGUGGGCUGGCUCUCUGUCAGCCUGGGUGACUGGGGGAGUCGCAGGUAAGUCUGGUUUUGUCCCUCUCCAAGAGCGUGUGGCUCGCAGAGCUGGUCACCUUCACGAGAAAAAUUUUUUAGAGGAGACUUUUUCCUGCUUUCGGUUCUAAAGUUCAGCAUCUAAAGCAGCAGAUCUAGCGAAACAAAGGUUUAUUCACCCUUCACGUUCCGUUGGUGGUUCUGAUAAGCUUUCUAGAAAGUUCUGUGUGAACCGAUGUCUGUUGUUAGAGAAGUCUGGAGCUGGCACCGUGGAGCCCAUCCUCCCCUUGGGGGGAGUCUGUCCCUCCUUCCCCGCUACCUCUUAUUUAUUUGGCGUUUGUUCGAAGGCGGUGACUGCUCCGACCGGGCUGGCGUGAGGGUGGCAGAGCCGCUCUGCGGGAGGGCAGGGUGGCAGGGGCACGAGCCGCCGCCCGGGAAGCCCUCGUGGACAGGCUGUGCCGGCUGAGCCUCGUGGGUCAAGCCCGCCGUCCGCCCGCCUCUCUCCCUUGGUGUUCCCGUGAGUCUCGUUCGUGCCUGCUUCCUGGCGAGGCCGCGGUGGACAGGCUGAGGGCCCAGAGUGUCUGAAUGAGCGCCGCUCCUCAGGCCGGUAGGGCUGCUUCGCCGUGGCUCGUUCCCGACCGCCACACAGGUAGCCGCCGCCUGCCCCCCGCCCUGCCCCCAGCCCAGCCCUCCAGGGAGCCCGCUGCCGCCCACCCCCUGCGUCCGUGACGGCGGAGCCCUGGCGAGCGUUGAUGGAGGCCCGCAUGCGCUCAGGGGAGACGGCCCCGGCGCGGCACCUGAACCCGACCCGGGCUCCCGAGGUAACUUCUGGAAGCCCGAGAGCUGUUGCUUCAGUGUCCUAGCUGAGGCGUGGAGAGACUUGCAGGAAAGAGCCAACGGAUUUGGUUUUUCUCUUUUUGUUCUCUUAGUUGAAAGUAUUACAAGGGUUCAGCCAUGAAGGGGGAAAGACGACUGUAAUGGUACGAAACCUUACCGCAUCCGGAAGCUUCCAGCACAUGAGGGUGAAGGUCUCUCUCUCUCUCUCUCUCUCUCUUUUUUUUUUUUUUUUUAGUGUUGCAGUAAAUAUUCUAGCAGCCUGACCCGAGGGCACUAGGUAACGAGAGACUCGUGUCACCACAACGGCACUGGCGCGGGGCCUCCUCAGGACAGGACCUCCCGGUGCCCAGCCCAGGAGAGGCUGUGUGCCUGAGCGUGCCCAGCCCCGCCCCGUCCCGCAGUUGCCUCGGGACGUCCCUUGUGGACUGUUCAUAACCCCACGUGGCUAAGUCAGCUGCAUCCAAAGGCAAGCUUAAAAUCGAAUACAUCCUAGUUCCUAGUUCCAGUUUUAGAAAAGGAAAGCAUGAACAAAUUCAGAAAGGGAAAAAAAAGUUACAGGAUAAGUCCUGGAAACCAGGUCAAAACGCUCACCCUCCCCCAGCCCGAGACACCCAUGCCACAAGGCAAAGACACCAGGCACUUAAAUCAAAGCCCUUUCCCCGAUUAACCGGCAAAAGCAGAGGCCAACGUAAAGAAAGAAAAGACAUUUUUAAAAACGGGGGCAGAUUGUAGAGUUACAGGGAAGAAGGCGGCAGCGUGGCGAGGUGGGCCGCGGCCUGUGCCCAGGGCCCCACGGGCAGGUCUCCGUGCCCAGGGCCCUCGGCACCGCCCCGUGGCCCAGCCGUCUGCUCAGCUGACAGCCACGGCCAGCCCGGGGAGCUGCGGUCCGCCUCCUGUGGGUUCUAGGAGGCCGUGUGUCUUAGCCGGGGGGCUCGGGCCUGGCGGCCUGCUGAGGUUCCCCAUCCCCGAAAUCCAGGCUCUCCUGGUGCAGAGGACUUGAGUCAAUAGUAAGGUUUGGGUUUGAAAGUGAUAAACUCCCCAGGAGUCAACAGGUCACGUGAUGGGGCUGCGGUGAGUCCUUUCUAAGGACGGGGAGGUGAUGGUAGAGGAGCACCAGAGCGCCUUCCAGCCUGGAACCCGUGGGCCCGGGUCCCGGAGAGACCGUGUCGGGGCCGGAGCGCGUCUCAAGGCUGAGCAGCCUGCUGUUGGCACAUGUCAGGGCUGGGCGGCCCCCUUCUGUCGCCCAGGGAGCUUGCCCGCCUCGGAGCCAUCUCCCCUAUGUGCGUGACCCACUCUGACCCCUGCCUGACACUGGCCGAGGUCGGCACAGGCCCUGCGAAGGCCCGAGUCUGCUUCUUGGGCAGCAUGACUUUUGUUUUAGAAAGGAGCACUGCAGUGUCGGGGUGCGGGGGGGCAUGGUCUCCACAGAGAGGACGGGGGGCCGGAGUCCGCCACGGGACAUGAGUGCGUGGGCCUCUCACAGCGUUUUCAAAAAGCCGUUGACGGGGCUCUGCCCUGAAGCCUGAGACAUGGCUGGUGUGGCACUGGGAGACGGGCUUCCAGGGGUGAGGAGGCAAAGGUAGGAGGCAAAGGUCGUGUUCCUGGGUCAGGGGGUUUUGGAAGGUUUCCGCGCGGAUGAGUGCUAGGAGCAGCCUCGCGCGGCGGGCGGGUGGGCAGGCGGGCAGGCGGCUGUGACCUCCAUUGCUUUGCCAGCACAGGGUUCUCACGAGAGACGGGACAGGUGAGGCCCCGCGUGCGGGGAGAGGGAGCGGCUGUCCUGGGCAGGAGGACUGGAGGCCACGGACGCUAGAACUCGGUCCCCAUGGGCCGCCGCUGUCCCGCAGGGCAGCUCCUCGGGGCGGAAUCCCCGGGCAAAUCCCCGUCUGUCCCCACCCAUGUAGCUGCUGGUGUGUUUUUGUCACAAAAGGCCGGGGUCUCACGGUCACGUAGAAGUGGGUGACUAAGACCGUGGCGGCGACGGAUCUCCAUGAGUCAGGCCGCAGCUUCAGGCCACGAAUAAAACGUUGGGCGUUUCCGCAGCAUGGGCCGUGACUAGCCAGUGGGAGUUCUUGCCAAAUACUAGAACCUACCACGCGGAGCCACAGGAGGACCGUUUUUCUGACGGAAAGCACCAGAGAAGGGGGAGGAAGCAAGGGCAGGGGAAGGAGGCUGUGGGCAGAGGGCGGGUUUGGUCCAGGAGCUCAGUCGAGGUGGAGGCCGCGCACUUUGAGAUGUUUCAGGACAGGCCAGCCCCACGUCACAGUGGUCCUCGGAGACAUCUCGUGCAGGGACAAGAGCAGGCUCGUGGAACGGCCCCCACCAGCACACAUCCUCUGCUGCCUUUUCACUCGAGGUGCACGCUCGAAACUGAUGGGCAGCGAGUGCCAGGACGUGUCACCAGAGCACCCCCCCCCCCACGAGAGCUCUCCCUCCCCCCUCCCCCGAUGUGUGACAGGAGCCCUCCCUCCCCCUACGCCGCGGAGGAAUCCAUUGCACCCGAUGGCACUUUUCUCUAGUGGUGAAAGAGCAAGCUUAGGUCGGGGGCCGUCCCCGACGCUGCUGCUGUGACCCUUGUCCCCAUGUGUCCCCGUCCAGGACUCUGCAUGCGGGGAGAACAGGGUUUUCUUUGUGUCUUUUCCCCCGCCGUCUGUGGUCCCCAUGAGCUCCCCUGCAGCAGCCACCCGGGAAGCCUGUGCCCGCUCGGUUUUGGCCUUGAACCAGUGAACGAGGGUGGAGGAGCUCCGCCCCUCCCCUUCCCACCAACUGCCCGCCCUCUGGGAUGCGCAGGCUAGUGUGCGCCUUGGAGCAGACCUUCUAGAGGAGACCCCGAGAGUCUGAGGCCCCUCCCUCCCCCCACCUUGCUGCAGCGUUUGGACAGGAGGGUACCCGCUGCUCUGCGCAGCAGAAACUUCUGCUUUUCAAAGAGGCGGCCGGGCACUAUGCGCUAGGAAGAAUCAGUGAUCACUUUUCAGAAGACUUCUGUGGACCAUACACAUGUUAUAGAGGGACAGAUUUUGCUAAAACGUCACCUAGUUUUAUAACUCAAUCAUGGAUCACCCACAUGUGGCUAACUUGCGGUUUAAAGGGGUCCCAUCAGUGAAAAAAAAGGGUUUUUUUUUAAUUGACUGCUUUUAGUUGAAUUUGAGAAAGUCCUCUCAUCAAAAGGUUUAAACCUUCCAGCCUCGGUCUUAAAAGCAUGUCAAACAAUCCACGGCAGAUGCCAUAAACAUGAGCUGCAAGAGAAAAUGGUACAAUCUUUGUGGAUGGGAAUUGAAAUCAAAAGGGUUUGCUGUCCUUCUUAGAAUGUUCUAAAAUGUCAAGGCAGUUGCUUGUGUUUAACUGUGAACAAAUAAAAAUCUAUUGUUUUGCACUA